AUGACUGCUCCGUCCAGCUCUUCGACUGCCAGUGGAGCUCGUCGUCUCCAUGCAACGGCAAACCAGCUUCAACCGGCCGGCACAAGUACUGCUCCCUCGACCGCCAGCUCCUACCCGACCUCGCACGAACAGAUCCAGUCUCCAAAAGACACGACGAACUUUAUCGACAACCAAUUUGUCGAGUCAAAGGCUACACAGUGGAUCGACCUCCACGACCCCGCCACAAAUAACCUGGUGACUCGUGUUCCACAGUCGACGGAUGAAGAGCUAAAGGCGGCUGUGGAGAGCGCCUCGAAGGCGUUCCCGGGGUGGAAGGGGACCAGUCUGCUUGCCAGACAGCAGAUUAUGUUCAAGUUUGUGGGCUUGAUCCGCGAGCACUGGGACAGACUGGCUGCCAGCAUCACGCUUGAGCAGGGCAAGACGGUUGCAGACGCCAAGGGUGACGUGCUCCGUGGUCUACAGGUCGCUGAGACUGCGUGUGGCAUCACGACGCAGAUGACGGGAGAGGUGCUCGAGGUUGCAAAGGACAUGGAGACGAGGAGCUAUCGAGAACCAUUGGGCGUUGUUGCUGCCAUCUGCCCAUUCAACUUCCCAGCCAUGAUUCCUCUCUGGUCUAUCCCCAUCGCGACCAUUACCGGUAACACCCUCCUAAUCAAGCCUUCCGAGCGCGACCCUGGCGCCGCCAUGAUAUUGGCGGAAUUGUGCGAGAAAGCCGGCUUCCCGCCAGGUGUGGUAAAUAUAAUUCACGGCUCGGCCAAGACCGUCGACUUCAUCAUCGACGAGCCGGCCAUCAAGGCCAUCUCCUUUGUCGGUAGCAACAAGGCUGGCGAGUACAUCUACGCUCGCGGCUCGGCCAAUGGCAAGCGCGUCCAAGCCAACCUGGGCGCAAAGAAUCACGCUGCUGUCCUGCCCGACUGCAACAAGAACCACGCUUUGAACGCCAUCGCUGGUGCGGCAUUCGGCGCUGCUGGCCAGCGUUGCAUGGCUCUCAGCACGCUUGUCCUGGUCGGCGAGACCAAGGAAUGGGUUCAUGAUAUUGCGGAGCGCGCCAAGGCACUCAGUGUGAAUGGCGGCUUCGAAAAGGGUGCCGAUCUCGGGCCUGUCAUCAGCCCGCAGUCCAAGAAGCGGAUCGAGGACCUGAUCCAGAGCGCGCAGGACGAGGGCGCCGAGAUCCUUCUCGACGGCCGCGGCUACAAGCCCGAGAAGUACCCCAACGGCAACUGGGUCGGCCCAACCAUCAUCGCAAACGUAAAGCCACACAUGAAGUGCUACACGGAAGAAAUCUUCGGCCCCGUCCUCGUCUGCCUCAACGUGCCGACCAUCGACGACGCCAUCGCCACCAUCAACGCAAACGAGUACGGCAACGGCGCCGCCAUCUUCACCCGCUCCGGCGCCACGGCGGGGCGGUUCCAGCGCGAGAUCGAGGCCGGCCAGAUUGGGAUCAACGUGCCCAUCCCCGUGCCCUUGCCCAUGUUCAGCUUCACGGGCAACAAGAAGAGCAUUGCGGGCGGGGGCGCAAACACGUUUUACGGCAAGCCGGGUAUGCUGUUUUAUACGCAGCAGAAGACGGUCACGAGUCUCUGGCGCAGCGAGGAUGCGACGAGUCAGCGCGGUGAGACGGUUAUGCCGACGCAGGUUUAG